UGGCGCACUUAAGUUUCGUUUCCCAAAAUUUCUAGGCACUGCAUUAUAUAACCCUGACCCAGUCUUUUCCCCUGCAGUCACUGAUACAGUCCCUGAGGAACCAUGGAUCUUGUUACCAUUAUUGCGGUCACAGCAGCAGCAGGGGGAGCGGUGGUCUUGGCUCCAGUUGCCCUAGGAGCUGUAGGGUUUACCGCCGCUGGCAUCGCCGCAAACUCUGUUGCAGCCGGCAUGAUGGCAUCGGCAGCCACGGCAAGUGGCGGUGGUGUGUUGGCUGGAAGCACCGUUGCUGUUCUGCAGUCGGCAGGUGCAGCAGGGUUAGCUGGGUCUACAACCGCAGUGGUGGCUGGUGUUGGAGGAGCAGUGGGAUGGCUCACCGCUACAGCAGCUGCACUCAUCUGAUGAUCCAAAUAUUGAUGAUUGAUAGCCAUCUUGGGACAGCUCUCUUGUCAAAGACAAUUUUAAUCACAAAGAUCACCUCUUUAAAUAUAUAUAUUUUUUUAUCCUUUAUUUAGGGAUACAUAUAAACACUAGAUAAGACGGUGAAGGAAUGCUUUGUGUUUAAGAAAUUGUUAUAUUGAAGUUCAUAUCUGCAAUAUUGUGUGCAAUGAAGGCAAAUUAUGACUGA